UCCAACAAAUCACAGGCUUUUCGCAAAAUGGGCAUCAGAACCGCCCCUUUCUACGGCUCUUUCGCGGAUUCCUACUCUACGAAGAAACAUUGGGAUCCGACCGCUGAUUUAGAAAUCAUCAAUCCUGCAAGAGGGCAUAUGACCUGUGUCGGAUACGCACCAAGCUGCAGACGACGAUGCCAAAAUCCCAUCAACCAGGCGAACCGAGCAUCAGCUCAUCGGCUUCUAGAAUCUCUUUCAUACAUCGACGUUUCCACAACAGAUAUCAGCGCGCAGCUCCGUCAGCUAGCGGGACUUACACUAUGUGUGAGAUAUCAUCAGGGCCAGAAUGAAAAUAUGGUUCGGACGUGGACGAAGCAGAUACGCGCGCAAAAGGAACCGGACAUGCAGGAAUCAAUUCAAGAGCUCCAACGCUUGAUCAGAGAAGCACAAUUGUUGGCUUCAAAGAUCUCGCGCAGCAGUGGGCAAUCCCCGAGACAACACUUCCCGACAUUUUCCGAGGACGAAACGUUCCACACCAAAUGGCAAGAACCAGAGCAAAGCUGCCAUUACCAAGAGCGCGUGAAGAAGAUGCAAGAAGAGGAACAACGAAGGAAGCGCCAGGAAGAGAUUCAGCGCAAAGCACGCGAGGAACAGAACCUACGCAGGAAGCGUGAGGAAGAGCAGAGGCAACAGGAACGCGAUGAAAAAGAACGCCAGCGCAAGAAGCGCGAGGAAGAAGAGCGACAGAAGAAACGAGAAGAGGAAGAGAUACAGCGUAAAAAGGAUGAGCAAGAAGCUAGAAGGGAAGAGGCACGAGAGCGAGAAGAGAGAAAAGAACGAAUUCGCUUGAAAGGCGAGCAGGUGCGAAAAGAGCGCGAAGAAAAGGCAAGACUGCAAGCCGAGAAAGAGAAGCAAGAAUGGAGCAAACUAUGGAUACCGUACGUGUCACGGUGGGAGGAGAUCAAGAAAAAUGGCGCAAAAGGCACCUCAGAACACCUGCGUGCUGUCAUACCCUGGCCCGUCAAGUCUGGUGACUACAAAGACGUUUCCGAUACUUCGGUGGAAGAGUUCUUCAAAAAAGCAGUGCCCCAGGACGCAAAUGCGGCGACGAAGCUUCAAUACAUGAAGGCAGAAUGCAUGAAAUGGCAUACGGAUAGGGUCCCUAGAUUGUUUGGAGUGAUUGAAGAUGAGGCACUGGUACGCAUUUUCACUACGGUGGCUCAGGUUGUAGUGAAGAUGAAACAGGAACUGCAGUAA